AUGGUUUUCACUGCUGCGAAAUUUUUGGUAAUGCAAGUCGAGCAGUGCGAUAGAACAGUCCCCGGCGACUACGGCUUUGCACUACUUGUACAAGAAAUCAUUAUUCUACAAACACUAAGUCAAGACAACACCUCUAGUCUCCCUUUUCAACUCCGAGAAUAUCUCAAAAAUUCCCGCAAUUUACGGCAACGUUGCGAUGAAACGGAUAUCCUUCCACCCAUCCACAAGCUUCUCUUACUGACACGGAGUGACAAGAUCAUUCAAGCGGCUGGCAAUUCUGGGCUUCUGCCACAUGUCGUCCACGAGAGGGAUCUCCUUGGCCGCCGUUUUCUCGAGCUCAUUCUAGAUGAAGUUCCUAAUCCGAAUCUUCAGUGCUUGCUCGACUUCUACACGGCACCCAACGAGGAAACAGAUAUAUUUGAGCGAACAAGCUUGCAUGUUGCUUGCAUGAAUGGAUAUGAAAAUAUCGUUCGAUUGUUUCUCAGCACCGGCGUUGACCCGAACGCAAGAGGACUAAUGGGUGCACGUCCGCUACAUAUUGCCAUUCUUUGUGGCUAUGAAUCACUAGCAUUUACGCUCAUAAGAUGCGGGAAGGUGGAUAUAUCUUGUACCGAUGAUUUUGGAAUGACUUGUUUGCAGUAUGCACAAUGGGGAAAUUUCGAUUCCCUUGUCAGGCUUCUAUGUCUUCAUCUACGUCUUCAGGCGGACUCCCAGCGCAGGAAUUUUUCCUAUUAUGACUCUUUCGAGUUCUCUGGUUGA